GAGACGUGCCUCUCCAGACGCACGGUGGUGGCCAGCGCAUUACACAGGCGGCGAUGUGGAGGUCAGUCGCUCAUCAGUGCAACGCGCCGAGCAGUUUCCCCCCUUAAACCCCGUCUCUGCUCCCUUUGCCCUCCAGUCCUCCACACACAAGGCAUUUCGCAGCGCACUCCGUCGGCGCAUCCCGCAAGUCACGUCUCGCUGUGUGGUUCCAUUUUUUGUCUAGGGGUGGCAGGUGUCCCGGUGCGUCGUCGUCCGAGCACCGGACAAGUGAUGCUCUGAGCUGCACUGUUGCUCCCCUGUCGCCUCACAUGUCUGCAGCAAAACCAACCUGGAGAUGGUCCCAUGCUCAACUCACGUCCAGAGGUUAGACUCUCCGUCAACAGAGGGUCACAGCCACAAACACAUCACCCACCCUCCUCCUCCUCCUCCUCCUCCUCCUCCUCCUCCUGCCUGGCGAGAGUCGUCCGUCUGCCUGCAUUCAUCUGAACAGCAGUGAGGACAGACGGGAAACUUACACUGUAGUGGAACUGCCUGUGUGUGUGUGUGUGUCAGUGCAUCAGUGCCUUUAGUGUUCCCCCAAGCCCUCCACUCUGUGUGUGUGCAAUGAUGUGUGGUAGAGUCAAGGUGGAAAGCUAAGAGGAAGACGGGACCCGAUCAAGUCAGCAAAAGUGAGCCCGGCUGCUGCGUAUGUGUGUGUGUCAGUCCAGCACGUGAGACUGUGUGUGUGUGUGUGUGAGGGGCUAGUGUUGACCAGGCUAUGAGUGCGUCUCAGAGGGAGAGGCUGGCGUUGGAUGCUGAGUUGAGCUAAGGGAGCAGAAGAGGAGAAUCUGUAAGAGGAGCAGCCAUGGGGCUCGGACAGUCCAGCAAGGCUCCGGUCACCGAGGACACAGACGAGGUGAAUUUCGACCACUUCCAGAUCCUGAGGGCAAUAGGAAAAGGAAGCUUCGGAAAAGUCUGCAUUGUACAGAAGAAGGACACUAAGAAGAUGUACGCCAUGAAGUACAUGAACAAGCUGAAAUGUGUGGAACGGAACGAAGUGAGGAAUGUCUUGAAAGAGCUGCAGAUAAUGCAGAACCUGGAACAUCCUUUCCUGGUCAACUUCUGGUAUUCCUUCCAGGAUGAGGAGGACAUGUUUAUGGUGGUGGACCUGCUCUUGGGAGGAGACCUGCGCUAUCACCUCCAGCAGAACGUCCAUUUCUCAGAGAGCACCGUCAAACUGUACGUCUGUGAAUUGGCCCUUGCCCUGGGAUACCUCCGCAGCAAGCGUAUCAUACACAGAGACAUCAAACCUGACAACAUACUACUUGAUGAACACGGGCACGUCCAUCUAACAGACUUCAACAUCGCAGCCAUUGUAAAAGAAGAUCUAAAGGCAACGUCCAUCGCUGGGACCAAGCCAUACAUGGCUCCUGAGCUGUUCCAAACCUUCGAGGGGUCCCACCCUGGCUACUCCUUCUCGGUCGACUGGUGGUCGCUUGGCAUCACAGCCUAUGAGCUACUAAGAGGACAGAGACCGUAUGUGAUGAGAUCCAGUACACCGGCUAACGAGAUCCUUCAGACCUUCCACAAGGUCCAUCCCAGCUACCCAGCAGCCUGGUCUUUGGAGAUGAAGUCUCUACUUAGAAAGUUGCUGUGCAUAGAUGUCCAGAAGCGCAUUUCCUGUCUAGCAGAGCUCCAGGAUCUGGACUACAUGUCAGAUGUCAACUGGGACGCUGUGCUCAGCAAACAGCUUCCUCCAGGCUUUAUUCCCAAUAGGCGAAGACUAAACUGUGACCCCACGUUUGAGCUGGAGGAAAUGAUCCUGGAGUCCAAACCGCUUCACAAGAAGAAGAAAAGGCUUGCUAGAAAAACCAAGGAGCAAGGAUCUGAUGGGUCCCCACAGAACGGCCAGUUGCAGCAAAGAUUGGAUAAUGUCCAGAGAGACUUCAUUGUCUUCAACAGAGAAAAGUCAAAGAAAGCAUCGGUGGACUCAGACUCCUCUGAGCUGUCCAUAACUGAGAAGAACAAGGCAAUAGAGGAUGGACAGAACAACAAUGUUGAACCGGCUGCCUACUUAUCUGGAUAGGUCUGAUGACCAGAGAUCCCUAGGUAGUCCCUUACCACUUGCACCUGCCCACAGCUUGUAGAUCAGCAAUUUACACCCUAUUGUUCUAUCAGCACAGGCACUCAGAUCUGGUCUUCAAUGUUCCUGCACCACUACGUCGUCUAUACAAACACAACUACGGUAUGCACUUGUGCUUCACUGUUCACCCACAUAAACUACAUCAAGAGCUCGAGAACUGCAGGAGAGAAAUGGACUCCCAGAGCAGCAGUCAUGUCAGCCAGACCCAGGCUUUUCGCUUUCCUGUCACCAAGAAGAAUGACUCUCAGCAGAGUGUCACUCAUAUCAUGCUCCCUUACAUCACUCUGGUGCUCUAAGGUCUGCUCAACCUUUACUCCGGGCAGUGUGCUGAAGUGAAACGGAAGUCACUCCCCUGCCAAAAAAGGAGACAAUGCCACACCUGCUCAGCUGUUACAGGAAAUAAAGUCUGACGUGGUCAGCUAUGGCUGGAAGCUGUACGCACUGCUGCUGUCUUGGGCGGGACACUCAGAUGUUUAAUCUCAGCGAUGCAUUUUCUGGUUAAUUACGGUUAUUUAAAUGACAAUGGUUCUCCAGUACUAUAUGGAAAUAGACUUAACGAGGAUUGGCAUGAGGAGUUAGGUUGGCAAUAGUGAAAUACAAAGACUUGGGUGGAUGGCUUUGUCCCAUGUGGUCUACAAGACUUGAGAUUCGAGCAUGAAACUAAGAGUACGACACAUUACAAUGGAGAGGUUAAUAAGGUAAAAUGAGGCCUUUGUUUUUAAGACAGCAACCACAGAUUCUUCUAAGAUAGGAAAUGAAGAGAUGAACUGUAGGCUUGAGCAUGAAUGGCUCACUUUAUCAUAGCAGCAGAUACAGUACAUGGUUGUAGUGGUCAUUAUGCUUAGCUUUGCUAGUCAAGCUAACAAAGAUAGUACGAUUGCAACAUUUGGUGAAUAUACCCCAGCUCCAUCAGCUGCAGAUAGAGUCUUUAAGUUAUUAUUCAGUCAAUACAGAAAUCUGAAAUACAGAUGACAAACUCUGGUUUUAAGGUUAACCUUUAAGGUCCAUUCUAGACCUUGGAGGAUUAAGUUAAGAUGCUUCGUCAAGGCUACCAGGUGUUGCGAAGCUUUGGGCACAAUAAGUACGAGGUCCUUCUAAUGAAAGUUUUUUGUCAAACUGGUUUAACGCGCAUUAAAGCACUGACAUUUCGGACUAACCUUUGCCUCAAUCUGCAACUGACUAGCUGGGUCUCCACAUAAAGGUUUAUAGCUAUGAAAACGUAGACAAAGGUAGAUGGUAGAUGUUAAAUGUUCUGCACUGAACCUGCUUUGCACAUGCUUCUUCAUCAACUGUAGCAUUUAUGCACAGAGAGACAAAAAAUAAUAACUUAAAGCUGUGAGUGACUAUUUAUUCCCUUAGGGAUGGUUUUAUAGACAAGGAUUAAGCUGAGUCCUAGAUAAGAUUUAUUUUUCAUUCAGUUACUGUCUGCAAUGAAAUUUGUUUUUGUCAAGUAAUUUUUUUAUGUCCUUCCUCUUUUGUGUUGAGUACAACCAAUUACACGUGCCACCGGAUAAGUCUGUAAAUCUGUAUUUGCAAUUAAAUGCUCUCAUAGAAGAAUACAUUCUGCAACAACAUGCUUGUGCAGAUGGUAUUUAAUAGUAAUUCAGUACCAGCUGGAUAACACAGGGGAGAAAAAAGUUAUUAAUAUUGAUUUGCACAUACAACCCCAAUUCCAAAAAGUUGGGAUGCUAUGUAAAAUGUACAUAGAAACAGAAUUCAAUGAUUUGCAGGUCAUUUUCGACAAACAGUAGGGGAAAUACGUAUUCUAUUCAAGGCGUCAAUUUUACAUUAAACAAAAUUUCCAAUGCAGCUACUGACAUGAAAUAUAGAUCAAAUUGUUAAUAUUUCAAUCCAUAAAAAUUAAGUGCAAUAAAGUUAAAUGACAAAGGAAAAAUGUAUUAAACAGGCUAACUUAAAUUUCAAGACGGGCUUCAAGACUAUAUACUAUAUACGUUAGAUCUUGAGAAAGACAUUUCACUUUUAGAACUUUAAAAAUGAUUGUCCUAGGUUUCUGAAUGCUUACUAAGGGGCUGUCCACACCAACGCGGUAUUUAUAAAACCGUGACUCUUUGCUCACGGUUUGGCCUUUCAUCCACACGUAACCGCAGUUUUGGGCCCCUGUAAUUGGAGUUAUUUGUAACUGGAGUCCAGGGUGAACUUUUUGGAAAAGUCUGGUGUCAGCAGUCAUGUGUGGACAGGAUAACCGCAGUUAUUUUGUCUCGUCUCCAUUGUAUGACGUCACAGUGUGUGACGUAAACAGAAAACAGCUGUGUUAUUACCUGAUCCAGUGUGUGCGAGAGACGAUUUGAGGAUGGACCUAAACAAAAUACUGCUGCUAUUUAGCAGCAUAUCAGCACUUUGUGGCUGUAUCAUACAACUAACGCUACUCAACCACAUCCAGCAACAGAGGCGCAAGAGUGUGCUAUUACGGAGACUGCUCCUGCUGCAUAAUAGUACGCUUCUUGUUGUUUUUCCGGUAAUGACAUUUUACUGCCUUCAGAUUGGCUACAAUGGUCUUACAGUUAGGAGUUAUAUCGCCACCUACUGCUUUGGCAUGUGCGUUACAUUGCUUCAUAGUGGAAUUUGCGGUGUCAUGUGGACGGAGGUAUUUUUAUUACACCGCUCGUAUGGACGCAGAUUUUUUAAAAACUGGAGGCCAAAAAAGUUCGGUUUUAAAAAUACCCGUGCUCGUGUGGACUAGGCCUAAGUGUUCUUAAAAGAACAGGGGAUGUAACAUAUUGGUAAACAUGCCCCUGCCUGUUUUUUGUUGAAGGUGUUGCAGGCAUCAAAUUUAGAAUGAGUGUAUAAUUACAAAAAAUAAUAGAGUUAAUCAGUUUGAACAUUAAAUAUAUUUCUUUGUAUGUUAUUCAAUUGAAUAGACAGUGGGUCGAAAAGGAUUCACAGAUCUUUGCGUUCUAUUUUAUUUACGUUUUACACAGUGUUCCCACUUCGGAAUCGGGAUUUUACAAAACUGUUCACAAGAAAACGAUGUAAAUAAACAAUACCCAGGCCAGGAAAUACCCCUUCUUCAUACAAUUUGAUAUUAAAUGUAAGACUUUGCUAAAAUCACACCUGCCUCUGAAGUUUGCAGAGGGUUGCCUUAUACACUAGAUAUGGCACAGAGCUGGUUCCCUUAAACUUUACAUGUCGGUAGCAAAAAACCUGAGCUUUUUUCGCAAUCACUAAUUAAAUGUGAUUUCUACUAAUGUCUUGUCAUUCUAUUGACCUUGAUCUUAUCUUUCUGCAAUACAACUAAAUCCUUUCAAGUCUACGAUACUUGUGAUAAUAUUUAAAACACAUUUCACUCUAUUCAAUUCAUUACUGUCGGCACUUUUCUAUUGAAAAUUGGUACAACGUUUUGACUUAAAUUUGUGUUGUUGUCGUUGUUGUUGUUGUCACUGAUGUAAUUUUACAGAUCCAAAUGUCCUGUAUAAGUUGUAAGAUAUAGUGGGAUAGUUAAACAGGUGGAGUGAUCCUGGGUAUACCUGGGGGAAAUUAUAUUUGUGAAUGAUUAUCUUACUUUGUUUAUAUAUUAUAGGACUACCAGAUGGGUUGGGUUCAAUGCAAUAAUCCUCUGAUGUGGCAGAUUCAACCUUUCCAAAAAGUAAACUUAUAAAAAAGUAAUUGACAAAUAGUAUUUGACCCAGGUAAUACCGUUUUUCAACAAAACUUGUCUACCUAAAAAUAUAUAUUUAGUCUCGGAGCAGAAUUGUUCCUCACCUGUGAAUUUCAUUCCUCUUAAGGUUUAAUUGUCCCUCAGUUGUCACUGUGUGUUUACUGUAUUCAAAUGUGAUGGAUUUGCAAACUAUUAAGGUGUGCCUUAAAUAAUGACUUUCUUUUUCUGAACCAAUCUGACAAUGCCUUGUGCUUUAUUUCACUUUAUGUCUUUCUGAAUUACCAUACUUAAUUGAAUAAGGAUUUUAAGUAAAAUGGGACAAGGAAUGGCAUCAGUAAUAAAAGCUUUUUCAAAGUCAAGAAUGGUGAGAGGAUGUA